GGACCCGGCCGGGGCCGGAAGUGACGAGGGGGGUUAACAUGGCGGCGGCGUGAAGUUGCAUGUUGUUGUGGGCCCCCCCUUGCCGCCGCCGCCGAGUCCGUUGGGAGGAAGGAGGGAGCCGCCAUGGCGGUGACCGUCACCCUGAAGACGCUGCAGCAGCAGACCUUCAAGAUCCGCAUGGAGCCCCACGAGACGGUGCGAGUUCUAAAGGAGAAGAUUGAGGCCGAGAAGGGCAAAGAUGCUUUCCCCGUGGCGGGGCAGAAGCUCAUUUACGCUGGCAAGAUCCUGAGCGACGACGUCCCCAUCAAGGAGUACAAGAUCGACGAGAAGAAUUUUGUGGUGGUGAUGGUUACCAAGAACAAAAGUGGCUCCGGAACUCCUGUUUCCUCCUCUAGUGACGCAGCGCCCACCUCAGAGUCCACACCGUCCUCCGCGCCAGCUGUGGUGCCCGCAGUAGCUACGGCUCCUGUAAGCGAGGAGCCCCCUGCCGAAGAGCCCGUGACCGCGCCCCCCCUGGAACCCACAGUUGGCUCUGUUCCCUCUUCAGGUAGCAUGGGACGUGAAGAUGAUGCAGCCUCCACCUUAGUCACUGGCUCGGAGUAUGAGACGAUGCUGGCCGAAAUCAUGUCGAUGGGCUACGAGCGAGAACGGGUGGUGGCAGCGCUCCGGGCCAGCUACAACAACCCUCACCGGGCUGUGGAGUACUUGCUAACGGGAAUCCCAGGCAGCCCGGAACCAGAGAGCGCCCCCCUCCAGGAGAGCCAGCCCGAAGAGCAGUCCACACCAGAAGGAGAGAACCCGCUGGAAUUCCUACGAGACCAGCCCCAGUUCCAGAACAUGCGGCAAGUGAUCCAGCAGAACCCCGCUCUGCUCCCGGCUCUGCUCCAGCAGCUGGGCCAAGAAAACCCACAGCUGCUGCAGCAAAUCAGCCAGCAUCAAGAGCAGUUCAUCCAGAUGCUCAACGAGCCCUUGGGCGAAAUGGCCGACGUCGCUGACAUCGAAGGGGAGAUGGGGGCCAUUGGGGAGGAAGCCCCGCAGAUGAACUACAUCCAAGUCACGCCUCAGGAAAAAGAAGCCAUAGAAAGGUUGAAGGCCCUUGGCUUCCCGGAGAGCUUGGUGAUCCAGGCCUAUUUCGCCUGCGAGAAGAACGAGAACUUGGCCGCCAACUUCCUGCUGAGUCAGAACUUUGAUGAUGAGUGAUAAAAGG